CAAACAACAAACACAACAUACACCUCACUUUUUCUGCCUUUAUCCGUUUUCCUCCACCGGCAACUCACUCAACCCGUGACACCCGUCCCUCUCAGGUCCCCCUAGGGCCCAGACUUCCCUCCUCACCCGGUAACAAACCGGUCACCCGUCCCCCUCAACCGUAAACAAAAACAAAAAACAAAAACCCAAACCCCCCAAAAAUAACCAAAUUACUCCUCACUCCACCACACUUUUCAAAAUUCUAACACAGCCAUGAGCGGUGGAGUUAGCAAACUCGGGGCUGCGCUUAUCGCGGUGUUCGCCGUCUGUCUUCUGAUCCUCGUUGCCGAUCUCCUCUACGUCUUCUGUCGCCGGCGACGCUUCCACCGCCGGAGCUCUGGUGACCCGGUCCUCGCCGGUGACUCCUCCUCCCUCUACGUUCUCUCCUCCAAAGAGCUUCUCUACUUCUUCUGCUGGAAAAACCAGUCUGCUCGAAUCGAACCGAAUGAAGUCAAUAUCAUCAACGUAAUCGACGAUCCCGCUCUUCACCAUCGUCGUGAUCAUGAUCAUCGCGAUUCUGAUCAGACGGCGGAGAUCGAAGUCGACGUGAUGAAGCUUCAUGAGCAGGGGAUGUACGGACCGUCGAGGAUGCUCUUCACGAUCAAGGAAGAGGAGGAGGCGGAAUCUCAGAGAUCGAUAUCGGACGGUUUGGAUAAUUUCGACGAUGAUCAGGACAAAUCGACGGUAAUCAGCACUGACGACGUGGCAAUUACCGGGGCAGUGGAGUUGGACGAUGCGACGCCGUUUUCGACGCCAUGCGGUUCGCCUCCGUACUACACUCCCUCGCCUUCGCCGAGUAGGGAGGAGCUUAAGAUGUCGACGAUGGUCCAUGAGAGUUACGGUGUGUCCGCAGGCAGAGAAGAGGUACCGUUUGUUAGCUUAGAGCUUGUAGGCGUAUAGUGACUAAUUUUGAUAAAAAUAGCCGGAAAAUAUUAAUUUCCGAUCAUUACCGGAUUAAUGUUAGUCUAAUCAUGUUAAUGUAAAUAAUGGUCACCGUUGGUCAAUAUUUCUUUUUUCUUUUUUUGCUAUUGCAUAGGUCAAGAUUAUCAGUAGUAGUAGUACUCUUAGGAGUUGACGAAACUUUAAAAAAAAAUGUUGGGGCACGAUCGACAACUAAUAAAUGGCGGUCCUAUUUAUAAGGUUCA